AUGUCCAAUUUACAACAUUUAACAAUCAACUCAGUUGAUACUUAUUUCGGUAAUUUAAAAAACAUUUUAGAACGUCGUAUUGAUGAUUAUAAUGUCUACUGUUAUAUCUUGUCUACAUAUAAACUACAUAAACCAUCUAUUUAUAUGAAUGGACGCACAUGGGAAGAGAUUAUUGUUAAUCAUUUGCCAAAAUUGAAAACAUUUCGAUUGAAAAUGAAAAUUCAAUAUUGGUCUAGGAACAAUAAAAAAGAUGAUAUUGAUACACUACUUACUUCAUUUGGAAGUCACUUCUGGAUCAGAGAACGUCAAUGGUUUGUUCGAUGUGAUUGGCAUCCCGAACCAACGUCAUCUUACAUAUGUCUUUACACUUUGCCUUAUGCGUUUGACCAUUUUGAUACUCAUACGGUCCUUAUUCAGUCUAAAUCAACUUCCCCCAAUGAAAAUGAUUAUUGGCUCUAUAAUCGUGUGCACAACUUGCAUUAUCACUUCUCGUUAACCAAUAGCUCCGCGUUGAGUCGUGCCUGUUUUCCUAACAUUCAUCAUCUUUCCAUUGAACUUCCAUCUACUGACAAUAUAUGGUUUGCACUGUCGACAUUUAUUCAUCUGAAUUCAGUUGAUGUAUUUAUUCUUAAUGAUGAAGUUGAAACUUACAAUCAAUUACAAAUAUUACUUGAUCGAGCACCGAAUCUUUAUUCAUUGAAACUUAUCUGUGGUAAAUUCUCACUGCCAGAAUUGGCAUUAUUUAAAAUUAGUAGCGUAUCGGUCCGUCGUCUAGAUUUAUAUGGAUAUAUUGAAUAUAACGAUUGGCAAUGGUUCAAUAAGGAACAAUGUCUUGCAUUAUCUAAUUCUCCGUUGGGCAUCCAAUGUGAAGUUCUUCGAAUUAAAAUAGAAAAUCCGAUAGAUGUGCUUGAACUUGUCUAUUCGAUGUCGCAUCUGAGAGCAUUGAAUGUUCAAAUUUUGAAUGAUCCACAUAAUAUACCGGGUUUGGAACUACCUCAAACAGAGGAUGAACUUCUUCAAUUUUUUCAAUCCUCUCUCGAUUCUACUUGUAUUCUUACAAGAAAUGAAUAUGAUCCUCGUUUUAUUCAAUUAUGGAUUCGCUAA